GUUUGAUCGACCGACCGUUGGUCCUGACGGUUCAAAAUGAUUAGGAACCUGACGGUGCAGCAGAUCAAUGACUGGUUCACCAUCGGCAAACGCAUCAGCAAUGCCGAGCGACUGGAAGGAAAGACCGCUUCUUCGGCCGACGUGGGAGCCUCCCGCGCGACUCUCGACGAACCGAGCAGCCGUGAGGCGACGGCGGCGGCUCCACCACCACCACCACCACCGAACCGUCAAGAAAUAAAAGGCCAUUUGAGCCAGGCUGAAUACGCAAAGGAUUCUGGAAAUCAAGAAAAGCAAGAACUUGUACAGACCUCACACCAGGAGCCUGUUUCUGAAGCAGGGACAAACAGCAGCCUAUUGGAAAAGAUUGAUGGGGAAGAUCUUCCCACCAGUUUCCCUGUCAUUCCGCCCAGACCUGUCAACACUAUAUUAAGUACAGAAAGAGCAAACUACAGAUACCAAGAAUUGCCAAUUAGUAAACAUAGGGAACAGUUAGUUAAUCUCAUCGAAAACAAUUCAGUAGUGAUUGUGCGAGGGGUUACCGGCAGCGGUAAGAGUACGCAACUACCUCAAUACAUUUUAGACCACUACUGCAAAACCUCUUCCUACUGUAAGAUUGUAGUAACGCAGCCACGGAAGAUUGGAGCAAUCAGCAUUGCGCGCUGGAUUUGUAGAGAACGUCGUUUGUCUUUAGGAGGAUUGGUUGGGUAUCAGGUUGGUUUAGAAAAAGAAACUACCACGGAUACACAACUAUUUUAUGUUACAACAGGGAUUCUACUCCAUAAAAUUGUCAGUGCAAAGUGCCUGACUGAAUUUACGCACAUCUUCAUUGAUGAAGUCCACGAACGUACAGAAGAAAUGGAUUUUUUGUUGCUCGUUGUCCGCAAACUUCUGCGUACAAAUUCAAGAUUUAUUAAGGUAAUCCUGAUGUCCGCGACAAUCAAUUGUGAGGAAUUUGCAGAUUACUUUGCAGUACCAUUCCGAAACAGUUUUACCCCUGCUUAUAUAUUUGAGGUGGAUGGAGCCCCACAUAAUGUUGAAGAAUAUUAUCUUGAUGAUCUCAAAAGACUUGCUCGUUUCCAGGUACCACCUUUGUUUUCUAAUGAGCCAGUAAUCAGCUCAGAGAUUUAUAAAAUAGCUGAGGUGCUGAUCCUAAACUUUGAUGAGAUGGAAAAUAAAGAACAAGGAUUAUCAGGAUUGCCUUUGGAUUGUGGCAGUGUCUUAAUAUUUUUACCAGGUAUUGCAGAAAUAAAUUACAUGCAUGACGUUUUUACAUCUAUGGUUCAAAAGAGGCUUCAUGUAUACCCUCUACACUCAAGUGUGACCUUGGAAGAACAGAAUGAUGCAUUCCUGACCCCUGUACCUGGCUACAGAAAGAUUAUUCUGUCAACCAAUAUUGCUGAGAGCUCUAUUACUGUUCCAGAUGUCAAAUAUGUGAUAGACUUUUGCUUGACUCGUAACUUGGUCUGUGAUGACGACACAAACUACCAGAGCCUUCGUCUUAGCUGGGCUUCCAAGGCGAGCUGCAUUCAGAGGAAAGGUCGUGCUGGACGCAUUUCAAAAGGGUAUUGUUAUCGACUGGUGACAAAAGAUUUCUGGACCCACUGCAUUCCUGAUCAUGCAGUACCUGAGAUGCAGCGCUGCCCAUUGGGAAGUACUGUCCUUAAAACCAAACUGCUCGAUAUGGGAGAGCCAAGAGCUUUGCUGGCAUCUGCUUUAUCUCCCCCCAAUCUGAGGGACAUUGAACGAACUGUCGUCCUGCUGAAAGAGGUUGGAGCACUUUCGAUAGGAAUUAAAGAAAUAGAAAAUCCAUAUGAUGGUGAUUUAACUUUCCUCGGAAGGGUACUGGCACAUUUACCUGUGAAUUUGCAAUUAGGAAAACUUGUUGUGCUGGGUCAUGUCUUUGGCUGCCUAGAAGAGUGCCUAAUUAUUGCUGCUGCUCUUUCACUGAAAAACAUUUUUGCAAUGCCUUUCAAACAGCACCUAGAAGGAUACCGGAACAAAAUGGAGUUUUCAGGUGGAACAUUAAGUGAUUGCAUAGCAAUUGUGAAUGCAUUCAAGACUUGGCGUACUUGCAGAGAACAAGGACAACUGAGAUUUCCAAGGGUUGAGUUAGACUGGGGGAAAUCCAAUUACAUCCAGAUCAAAAGGAUAAAAGAGGUGGCACAACUAUAUGAGGAACUGAAAGAUCGUAUACAGAAAUUUGAUAUGUUUGUUGACCAUCAUUCUAGGUGCAUGGAUGAAGAGUAUGUUCACAAGCAAAGGUUUAUUCUGCAGGUUGUGCUUGCUGGAGCCUUUUACCCCAACUAUUUCACAUUUUGUCCACUCUCUGAAGAAACUGCUGUAAAAGAAUUGUCUGGAAAAUAUGCGAAUGCUACUGUGGUGAUGCGGAACAUUCCACCUUAUGGAUUUCUGUAUUACAAACAGCUGCAAUCCCUGUUCAGACAGUGUGGUCAGGUCAAGGCCAUCUCAUUUGAUGGAUCAAAAUGCUUUGUUGAGUUUGUGCAAAAUCCAAUAAAGAGAACUGGGAUCCAUCCUGCAGUGUAUAUGGCACUCAAGAUGGCCCAGCUUCAUAUCCCCUUACAGUUAAAUGUUCAUCCAGUGGAGGAGAUUGAAGCACUGAGCCAAGGACAGUCUUAUGCAGGUUUACACAGACCAAGGUUGUAUGUAGACUAUCAAAAUUGGACAGUUAAGCUGAUGUCAGAGGAAAUGUCGAGAGGUCUUUUGGAGUUGCCUUGUGAUCCUAUCCCAUGUUUUUUCACCAUGAAUGUUACUGAAGUUGUUGAAGUUGGACACUUCUGGGGUUACAGAACAGAUGGAGAAAGCUUACACACACUGAGCAAACUGAUGACUGAAAUUAACCAGAUGAAGCUUACCCCCCUAGCUGUGGAACCAUAUCCUGAUGUUUGUCUAGCACCAUUCACAGAUUGUAGCGAAACCCAUUAUUACAGGGCCAAAGUUUUACAAGUCUCUGGGGAUUCUGCAGAGGUAUUCUUUGUGGAUUAUGGAAACACAGCACAAGUUCCUAGUCAUCUACUGAGAAACAUUUCUUCUCAAUUUCUGGAGCUUCCUUUUCAGGCCCUCCAGUGCCAGAUCUGCUGCAUGCGGCCAUCUGCACAUUCUCUGAUUUCUGGGGAUCAGUGGAGUGCCAAAGCCAAGAAAAGAUUCAUCUCCCUGGUGAAGGAUUGUGUACUCCUUGUGAAAGUUUUCUCCACUGUGCACUGCACUUUGCGUGUGGACCUCAGUAUACAGACUUCAAAGGGAGACCGUAAUGUACGAGAAGUGCUAAUCAGUGAAGGCUUUGCUGAACCAGCCGAGGAGUCUUAUGAAUCGAAGGAAAGCCAUGAGCAGUUAAAGACCAGGUUCCAGACCCGUCUCCAAGAGAAUUCACGGUUGACUCAACAAAACUCACGUGGAACUCAAACAACCAGAUGGACCCAGAAAGAGGAAGACUGGAAGGUGAUACAGACAAUAAUGGAGAACUUCUCUUCUUCUAAACUGGGUCUUCCAUCUUCCAAGGUUCUCUUGCAUGGUCCCUUUAAUCCAUAUGAAAUCAGGUUUCACAGCAUGACUGCCAUGUCCAGAUUCAGAAAUGUGUGGAUUGAGAGAGAAAGUAUCAAUUCAGUAGCUCUGAAUGGUGCUCCAGAAGAUGUUCACCAGAGAAUGUUAGUUGCUGCAUCUGUAUCAGUAAAUGCAUCAGGCUCAACUAUAAUUGUAAGAGAAACAACUUUGAUGCCAAACAUCCAUGGACUUCCAGCUCUCAUUUGUAUGAUAUUUGCUCCAGUCAUGGAACUCAGGACUGAUCGGCUGAGAAAAUCUUAUACUGGUGCAUUGUGUGGAUUAGGGUGGAAUCCAACAACAAACGAGGCUCUGCUGGAAGAACAUGACCAGGAAGUUGUGUUUGAUGUGCACUUGGAUGUAAAUGACAUUUCAGAGAUCAAUCUGUUACGGAGCACCAUAAACAAAUUAGUUUGUGAUGGAUAUCAUGGACCACCUCAUUAUGGAAACAAUGAGAAAACCCGCAAACUACAGCAUGAAGCCUCUCAGAAGUUGUUAGACAUAUUUACUGGAAAAAAACCAAGAGAAACUAUUGUUUCACAAUAUUUUGAUAAGCCAUACAAGUGGAAUCAGGUGGCUCCACAGUUUCUUUUGAACCAAUCAGAGUUUGAGAAAGGAAAUAAAACUAGUCUGUACCAACUGCACCGCCUAGUCCUGCUGAGUCCAUGAAUCUUCGUGUUAGUCAGAUUGAAUGUGCACCAAAUGGCUCCUUGGGAGAAGAAAUGGAGCUAAUUUAAAAGUGAAACCAAGAAUUUUUGGUUAUCAUUGUUUGUAUUAAAGCCUUAAUUUUUUUGAGCGCUCUGAGACGCAGUCCGGCGUGAAAGGAGCUAUAUAAAUGCAAGUUGUUGUUUAAUAAUUGAUUUUGAGAGCUAUGUUUAUUAUCUGAUGGAAGCUAACUUUAUUUUUUUAGCAAUUACUGGAGCUUAGAGAGUUCUAGAUUGUAAACCCAUUGUCCCACCUACUGUCUCUGUUUCCUGGAGAAAAUCGGAAAUGGGUGUGAUAUCCUGUGUAGAUUAUUCAUUUUUCGUUGCAGAAAAGGAAAGUAUUGCUAUUGUUUGCACACCAGUAUUGAAACCUGAAGUGUAAUGAUUUCUUGUAAAUGCAAAAAAAAAGGUUUGUUUUCGGUUUCAGAAAACAAAAAUGUUGCUUCCUAUUUUUUCACUUGCUAGUAUUAAAAACUGUUUUGUUAAUUAAAAUUAAUGAUAAUUUUGAAUUGCACUAGCUUUGUGCAUAAAUGUUGGAAACCUAUUUUUUUUGAAUCUGUGAAUUGGAAUUAUUUGAAGUGUCUGAAAAUGGGUUGUAUUUCACAAGAUGCAAUACUAGAAAUAUUAAAAAUCUUUUUGGUUGCAUGUGUUAAAUUCAUUUCUGAUUUUACAAUACCUCUCCAUUAGCAUUGGCCUCUUGGCCCAGUUGUUAAAAUUGGUAGCUAAUUGAGUCGGUCGGUCCAUAAAUGUCAGCAAUGAUUUUUCUUUUUGGAGAGUAAAAAAAUGUUUAAGCAAAAGUACAAAUUAUUUUAAAAACACAUUUCAGUUUAUUUGCUCUUAUGGACAUGGUUUAAUUCCAAUCAGCAACUUCAGUGAAUACAUGAAGAAAAGAUUGUAUUGCACAGCAAUAUUAUUGUUUAUUAUGUUUGACGAUUUGAUGUGCUCAGCAUUUUGUUGCUGUACCAGAACAGAUGAAAAAAAUAAAAAAGACCUAACCAAUGCUUCAGUUAAAAGAUUAAAUAAUUGUAUGUAUUCCUUAAAUUAGGGUCGGCGGGUUUCCAUG